AUGGAUCUUUAUUCUAUGAUGGCGUCUUUCACGUUUUCAUCGGUCUUCAUCACUGGCAGCAAUCGAGGUCUUGGUCUGAAUAUGAUCAAACAUAUUUUAAAUUCAUCUACUGUUCCAAAACAUAUCAUUGCAACAUGUAGAUCAUUGAAAGCAGACAACGCACAAGAGUUACAGAAAUUAGCUGAGACGAAUUCCAAUAUACAUGUGCUGGAAUUUGAUAUGGCUGAUGUUUCUGGACCUCGUUUGCCCGAACCGGUGAAACAAGUAUUAGAUAUUGUUCAGGAGGCUGGUUUAAAUCUGCUCAUAAAUAAUGCCGGGAUGAAUUUAAAGGAGACUUUUGAUGAAGUAAGUCCUGACAUAAUGCGGCGUACUUUUGAUGUGAAUACUAUUGCUCCAUGUAUGAUAACCAAGGCUUUCCGACCUUUGUUGAAACGCGCAGCCGAAAUGAAGCAACCGGGUGAGCAACCAGAGGCAGCAGUUGUCAAUAUUUCAUCAGAUUUGGGCUCAAUAGAUAAUAUCACUAAUGCAUACAUGUUGGCAUACAAAGUUUCAAAAGCUGCAUUGAAUAUGGUUACGAAAGCUGUAAGUGGUGAAUUUGCUGAUGAUGGUAUUACAGUUGUUUCAGUACAUCCAGGCUGGGUGAAAACUGAUAUGGGAGGCUCCAAUGCAUCACUCACUAUUGACGAGUCAGUUUCUAGUGUUGUGAAGGUCAUCUCAUCAUUACAAAAGUCACAAACUGGCAGCUUCUUCAGCUAUGAUGGAACUAUCUUGCCAUGGUGA